AUUAGCCCAAGCCCAAAUAAAAAAAAAAGUCAACUAAAUUCCAAAAUGCGAAAAAGAGUAAAAGAAGUUAGAUCGAUUUGAAGGCGAAGCAAGGUCCAAUGAAGGUGAUGAUAGUCAGUGGCAACGUUGGUUGUUUGAAAACCCCAACAACUUUGUUGGUAGAAGAAUGAGUGAGUGAAGAGGAUCAGAACAGAACACAGCACAGAAGAAUGAUGGGAGCGAAGAGAAGUUCGAUCUUAGCCACACUCGCUUUUCUAAUGUUAAUGGGCGUUGCAGUCUAUUUUAGACUCUGGGCCAUUCACUACAACCUUUCCGCUGAUGACACUCAAAUCAUAAGGCAGCAGUUUGAUAUUGCUAACAGGGAGGCAAUGGAUGAAUCUGCUGAGUGGAGACUGAGGUAUGAUGAGGAGGUAGAUAGGACAAAGAAGUGCUUGCAGGAGCUUCAACUGUUUCAGGAGUCCUCUCAGAAGGGGAAGAAUGCUUCUGAUAUUAACCAUAACUUUGCAGUACUGCAAAAGGAGAAUGCAGUAUUACUUGAAAGGUUGGAAACAUUGAAAAGAGAGCUUGAAGAGGAGAGGUUGAAGUGCAGUUCACGGUACAUGAAAUAAUCAUGAAAGCAUUGACUAGAUAUUUUGUCAUUUUGUCCUUAGUGUUCAACCAUGGAAGAAUAUUGACAGAUGGAUUUAUGAUCUCAACCUUACACAUACGGAUCAUUCACGGAAUAUGGAAAUACGUGAGUCACACUACUCAUUUCUUCUUAAUCUUUUUAAGGUUACAUUAUCAUGUGCACCUUUAUGGGCCAAUGUAUAGUUUCAUCUUUAAUUUCUUUUAAUUUCUUUGAAGAACAAAUGUUCCGUGUAUGUUUGUGGACCACUAUUUAAUUAAUCCGUCUGUCACUCUUUAUUUA